GUUCAUGUAGGUGUGGAGGAGUCUGGUAAUCCCACUGAGACCAAGCCUGUCCCUCAGAGCCCUGUCUUACCCGUUGGUCCAAUAUCAGACGGGGCCCUACCACAUAUGAUGGAGACUGGGGAGGCAGGAGCCCCCGGAAUCAUCAUGUCUUCCAAACCACCCAAGGGGGCUGACGGCAGCAUGUCCCCCCUCAAGGGCUUCGCUGGAGCCCCAGGUGAGAUAUAGGGGUAGCUGGGAGAGAGGCUAGGAACACGUACAGAAUGCAUGUGCAUUUGCAUAUCUACACACACACAUACAUCCCAAGCACAUGCACACGCAAGUAGGUAUGUUUGCAAGAUUAAUUGCAUUCUUUCAAAACCUCAUGAAAUGUAUCUUCAUUAUUUUACAGCCUCCCCACCAUCUACAGGGUCUUUAAAGCCUAAUAUACCAGUGAUUUCUGGUAAGUGCUAUUUGACUCAUUUGAUUAAAUUUACUAUCAAGAUAAAAUUGAGUCUCCUGAAAAUGAACCUCUUUCAACAGUUGCCCACAUUCCUCUGAGAUCGUCAUUACACAAUCCAUAUUUAACUUUAACAGGUAAGAUAUGUAGUGCUCUUGUUACGAUGAAUUCCAUAGUAAUCCAAUCAGCUACUGUAUGGACAAGAAUUAUCUGUCCCAAUAACCACUUGAAAAUUUGUUUUGAGUGUGUCCCAAAUUUGGGACAGAAACUGUGUCAAUGUGACAUUAGAUUAAACUUUAACCCUGUAUCUCUGUGUCAGGUGAGCGGGUGUCCUUCUCGGCUGGGCUCAACCGCUUGCCCUUCCCUGGGGAGGUGGGCAUCAUCCGCUUCAACAAGGUGUUGGUGAAUGAUGGGGGACACUAUGACCCUCACACAGGUAACGACUACAUCACUGUCACACACAUAUGGACAUCACCACACUAACCUAGAUGUAAACUACAACUUAUCCAAAUAAUCAAGAGUUUUAUGGUUGUACAUCUAGGUGACAAUACAGAUGAAUGUCAACUCGUGUUUGUUCACUCUCACAACUGACAUGUAUGAGUGCCCUGUUGUGGCUGAUAGGUUUCCUCUGACCCUCUUCAUGUCUUCCAGGCAUCUUUAACGUUCCCAUGGAGGGCCACUACCUGCUGAGUGCCGUGCUAACAGCCCAGAGAGGUGCCAGGGUGGAGGCAGUGUUCUCUGUGUCCAACCGCAGCAUCCAGAGGCUGGACACGGCCGGUUACCUCCCUGAUAAUGGUGGUGGAGGUGGGGCUGGCUCCACCAGCUGUGACUGCGGAGGCUCUGCCUCCCUGAGCCUGGUUCUGACUCUGAAGCGUGGGGACAGGGCAGGUUUAGUCAUGACCGCAGGCAAACUUGCCAUCUCAGAGAACACAGAGGUCCUCUCAACAUUUAGCGCCGUGCUUCUCUACCCCACCCCCUCAAAAAAA